AUGCAGGCAAUUCGUGUGGGUUCAGCUCCUUCAUCUGCCCCUCCAUAUUCGUCCUCAAAUCCGGCACCGUCAUCAGCCUUGUACCUCGAUCAAAACGUGCCUAUUCCUAAGCUGUCCAAAAAUGACGAACUCCUUGUCCGUGUCAAAGCUACAACGGUGAUUCGUGACAUGUUGACGUGGCCCGAAACCUAUCGUCAAGAGCAUUCCAUUCUCGGAAACGACCUGUCGGGUAUUGUUGCGGAGGUCUAUUCGGAGGAUUGCAAGUUCAGACCGGGAGAUGAGAUAUUCGGAAUGUCGAACGUGACUCGUGCAUCUGCGUGGGCCGAGUACUGCAUCGUGGAGGAGGAUGAAGUUGCGUUGAAACCAAAAAGUCUAUCCUGGGAGCAAGCCGCGGCUAUUCCUCUUAGUGCACAAACAGCAUACGAGGCCUUAUUUGACCGUGCAAGGCAGCACCGGCUUUUGAUCACUGGUGCCGCUGGGGCUGUUGGAGUCUACCUUGUCCAGCUGGCUUCCCUUGCUGGACUCCACGUUGUGGCUGCCACCAGUUCGAAUACUCGCAAUGCAGAGUUCCUUCGAGAGCUCGGUGCUCACGAGACGGUUGAGUACGGCAUGCUGGAGAGCCACAACAGCGCUUAUGAUAUCAUCAUUGAUACAGUCGGCGGUGGCGUGUUGGCCAAGUGCUGGAAAUAUGUGAAAGAAAACGGCACUCUUUUAUCCGUGGAUUCGGCGAGCUACAACUUUGCUGAGGAUCAUGAAAAGCGUGGUAUACGUAGGGAGGGUGUCCGCGCUUUAUUCUUUAUUGUCGAGGGAAGCAGCCAGGCUUUGCACUAUUUGGCAGAACUUGCGGACUCGGGUCUUGUACGUCCUUUUGUUGCUGGGACGUAUCCCCUUGCAAAAGUACAAGAGGCGUACGACAUUGCCAACGGAAGGUAUCCUGGGCGUGGAAAGAUAGUUCUUACCAUCUGA